AUGCCUUCCAAUAUGGGUUUCUUGCCCACAAUCAAAUGCUCCAAUUGCGGUAGCAAUGUCGAGAUAAUGUCCAUGGGUGAUCACACUUGCGCACCCAAUGAUUUCGUCCCCGUGGCACCGAUGCCAUCGCCGCCUCCAUCGGCGGGGUUAGAAUCUCCAGACCGACUAUCCACGACAAAAACUCGCGGAGGACCUCCAUCACGGAUUGAUCCAUCUACCGCAAACCGAGCGUUCCUGCAGCCCAACAUGCCAACACCGGCCAGCAGCGUUGCCCCGUCGCCUUCCAUCAGCUCGGCGCCUCGAUCUCCAUUCCACGCGCCCCACGAUGCGGCUGAUAACGAGUCUGUGCUCGACUUGGACAACGUCUUCUCGUUCCCGAUGCCCGGGAAUAGGUCACCGACCCAAGUCAGAACACCAAGUCCAAUGACCGAGGGAACGGCUAAGUCACUACCGCCAGUCCCAUCCCCGGCACUGGGAUUGGGUCUCAGACCGGAAAACGUUCAAUUGCCACCCAGUCCAAUGCCGCCAAAAUCCCCAGCGGUCAACCACCAUAGAGGGGAUUCGUCAAUCAGCCACAGCAGUUAUCGCUCAUCCUUCGCCAGCAGUCGUUAUGGGGAUUCAACUAGAUCAUCAAGCAACGGAUCUAGUGCUCAAAGAUAUGGUGAUGAAAUGCCACCUGUACCGAUAGCACCACUUCGCACGCCCAGCAAAACGUCUUUCCCCCGUGAUUCGAACCUCUCCGUGGUCUCCUCUCAAAUUAGCGAGGAAGAAGCCAGUGGAUUCGACUUCGGUCUUCCUACGGGAUCUAACCCAGUGACCGGAUUAGCCGACCUUCCCGAGGAGUCACCAUCGGCCGAAUAUGAGAAUAACAAGGAAUAUCCCGCGUUCGAGCCUUCAACACAGACUCAUCUCCACCCCGCGGCGGCGGCGGAGCCCAGUCACGAAACCCAGAGGAAGAACUCCGAUGCCAGUACUACAAGUGCACUAUCGGUCACGAGUUUUGCCCGUGCUCUAGGACUUGAAGAACAGAUGAACAAACCCGAGAGCUCUGUCUCAUCAGAAUCCUCGCCAGAGUCCUCGCGCUCAGACGCUCGAAGUGGAAGCUCCAUGUCCAGUCUUCCCUCCGAUGCCAGCUUGAACCGACACAAGACCUCAGACCCCCUCAACUUGGGUGUCCUAGUCGAGGAACUCCCAGCCCGUACUCGACAGACUAUUUUGGAAAUGCCUGGCCGCAUGCGAAGCACCAUGGAAGACGUCGACAACGUCGAAAAUGUCCCACCCAUACCGGCAGCGUUCUUCAGCCCCGACUCCCCUACAGACCCUGCCAUCGGCCAAGGAGGCCUGUCUCUGAUCGCAGACCGAAAGGACCCAAGCCCAAGCCCGACUCCAUCACAACCACCACACCAAAGACCACCGCCUCAACGGUCGUUCACCGCACCCAUGCCCCAACCCUCAACGCCACAAAUACCCCAAACACCUCAAACGCCCCAAACGCCAUCCCGUUCCGGCACCCGCUCCAAAGGCAAAUGCAAAGGCUGCAACGAGGCUAUUACAGGAAAAUCAAUCUCAUCCUCCGACGGCCGUCUAACGGGCCGCUACCACCGUGGCUGUUUCGUCUGCUUUGAGUGCCACUCCCCCUUCCAAACAGCCGACUUCUACGUCCUCAACAACCGCCCCUUCUGUGCCCAGCACUACCACGAACGUAACGGCUCCCUUUGCGCAGGAUGCCACUCCGGAAUCGAAGGGCACUACUUGGAAACCGUCGAGCGGAACCCUACGCGUGCUGACCGCCGACGCUUCCACACGGAGUGUUUACAAUGUCGCACAUGUCACGUUCUCCUUAAGGGCGACUACUUCGAGUGGAACGGUGAAGUCUUUUGCGAGCGUGAUGCUCGUCGUGCUGCAGGCGCUUUCCAGCCUCCUCCUCCUGGUCCUGGCCGCCGUAGACCGACGCUCGGCUCUUCGCCUCUUGCUCACUCCGGCAAAUUCCCACCGGGUCCGUAUCCCCCUGGCCCCGGCUAUGGUCCAGGCCCAGGUCCCGGUCCAGGUCCCGGACAAGGACUAAGGCCCGGUCCGAGAUUCCCCCUGGUGGCGGCGGUGGACGGUUCCCCGAGCGCCGGACUACGAGACUUAUGA